UUAAGGAUGACUGAGGCACCUGUGAGUGUUCCAGCGUACGUGCAAGAACGGCUGCUGAUCGUAGCACAGGAAGAAGGCUUCAUCCGCGAUCAUUUCUCCAUCGAGCACGAGCAGGGAUCAAAAUCAGGCGAUGGAUACAUUGGACUCAUCGUACGGGCUCGCUUCGUAAGCGCACAACAACCAACUCUUUCGGUGAUUUGUAAAUUUCCACCCGAGGAUUCACAGCAACGAAAGCGAUUCAAUGCGAUGCUACUCUUCGAGCGCGAAAUAUUCAUCUAUCAGCGUAUAUUGCCAGCAUUUGAGGACAUUCAACUACAGCACGGUGUUACCCAGCGCGAAGGGUCUUACUUUGGCAACUAUCCGAAAUGCUACCAUGCGUACUGUGACUUGGAGCGUGGUGAAGCUGUGCUUAUAUUAGAGGAUUUAGUGGCUCCACAGCGCCCACCCCUGAAACUACUGGAUCAGUACAUUCCAGUCGACUAUGAGCAUGUGCGUGUGUUGAUGAUUGCACUGGGGAAAUUAAAUGCCUGUUCCUUUGCUCUGAAGCAUCAUCGGCCGGAGCUGUUCGAACGAAUUCGACUGUUGAAUGAUGUUCUUUCGAUCGUACUCGAUACGGAGCAAACGAGACCGCUAACGCCUCGAAACUGUCAACUGGCGGCAUCAGCAUUCGAUCCACAAAAGGAAUCGACCCAGUACCGUGAGCUGCUGGAUCUAGGCCAGUCUAUGUGGGCAAGAACAGGGGCACACAUCCAAGGUGAGCGAGCAGAACCAUAUGCAGCGCUAAACCAUGGAGACUGUUGGACGAAUAACGUUAUGUUCGGUUACGACGCUAAUGGUCGUGUGAACGAUGUUUGUCUGUUCGAUUGGCAGAUGGCUCGGUACGGAUCUCCAGCGCUGGAUUACACGCUGUUCAUUUUUCUCUGCGGGGAAGUCGAACUGCGCAGAGAAAAGCUGGCUUAUUUGGUCAACGAGUUUUACAACGCUUUCUGUGCCACUCUGCAGCGAUUGGGAGGUGAUCCGGAAAAAGAUUUGUCACGAGACGAGUUAGAAAAACAAUUCGUUCGAUUUGGACGAUUGGCCCUCGCGAUGGGAACGUAUGCGUUGCCCAACUUUGCCAAGCUACCGACGGAAAUUUGUGAAAACCCGGAAAAGCAUCAGAAGGAUAAACAAUUGCAACACUACUACACUGUGAUGCGAGAACUCGUAAAAGAUGUACAGAAAUUUGAUAAAAUAAAUUAA